AUGAAGAACAUCCUGAUGGGGAAGACAAGCCUGUACUGCACCCCCAAUUGCAGUGGUGUGGAUGCAAACGGAGAGGGCAUAGAAAAUGGGGGCAUUUACAACUCAAGGGAAAGGAACCUCCCGAAGGAGGACCCAUCAGGUGAACUGGGUCGAACGGAGGAACUGCACAAAAUGCUGAUGAACGAUUGUGCGAAUGGUAUGGCCAACUACAACAUAGGGGAUUUUUUUUUCUUGAAAAAUGAAGGAGAGCACCUGAAUGGAUUGACCUACCUCCAUGGGGAAAAUGCCCUGCAGGGUAGAGUAAACAGUUUUGGAGACAACACGAAUUUGGAUGGCAUGUGUCAGGUGAAUUACGGCGGCUUGAGCGGCCCUGCUGUGGGGUUCACUAGGCGAAUACAGCAGAGCGCGGCUGUGGAAGGUGGCCCCCUAAAUGGGGCGAGUCUCCACGGGGGCUUCGGACGAGGCAGCCAAGGCGAGCACCAGAACCAGGCCUACCGCAAUGACUGCUGUGGUCAGGAGGAACGCACGCAGGUAGCCAUGUACAGCCACCCCAACCGUUUGAUGGGCACACAGAGGGACCACUCACCCAUGAACCAACACAUAGAUUCGUACGAACUGGCCUACAAAACUGAUGAGAGCUUCACCAACUAUGUGCACAACGCUGGUAGGGAAGUGGCGAAGAGGGGGGAAGCCAACUCAGUGGCGGAGAAUGGGAGAGGGGGGCAGAACGAGGAGGGGCUUUCAGACGGCAGCAACCAGGACAAUGAAAACCCCCCGCGCAGUUAUAACCCCCUGACGUACAGCUUCAGCGGGCUGUGCGAGUGUUUAGCCAGGGGGGAGGAGGAAGAGGGAGUGGACGUGGUGGACGUGGUAGAAGAGGAGGAAGAAGCGUAA